AGUAGUUUGUUUGCUAGCCAACAUAACGGGGUCCGUGUCCACCGUGAGUUAGGGGGCUUUAAGUCAUUAUGUCUGCGGCUGAUAUGUCCGCCGUGUUGAACAUUCUCCGGUCUCUGUAUCGGCACAUACAGACGCUGGAGGAGUUCGCUGACAGCAUCGAGUUCAAGGAAGGAAAGAAGCCGGUUCUGGUUGAGCAGGUUGACCCGAACCGCUUCAAAACGUUUGUCAGAGGUGUGUUUGUGUGCUUUGAUAAGGAGCUACAGCAGAGUCCCAGCUGCAGCGAGAUUUGCACUCUACCAGAACUCCUGGCUUUUGUUCUCAACACCAUGAAAAGGAAAAGAAGAAGAAACGUCCUGGCGCAUGGCUACAACCUGCUGGCCCUGCCGCAGGAGGAUCGGGACGCAGACCACUUCAAAUUCCAAGGAGACGUGACCCAAAGUGCCGCCUAUGUCCAUGGCAGUGACCUGUGGAAGAAAGUCACCUUGCGCCUGGGCACAGACAUCACACGCUACCUGCUGGAGAGCUGCUCCGUAUUCGUGGCGGUGCCACCUUCGUGCGUUUUCCAGGUGUGCGGCGUCCCGGUGUAUGACAGGGUGUCCACGGGCCCACCCUCGAGUGGGUUUCAUCUUCAGCCUCGACUUAGGGGGCGCAGUUUGCCUCAGUUUGGAAGAGAUCAAAGGUCACGGCGCUUUAGGAGAAGACAGGAGGUUGAGAAUCUGGCUCAGUGCCAGAUUAGGAGAAGAAGAAAGGAAAAAGGGAACAAGAGAAGAAGAAAGAGGGGACUCGAUCAGCUGGAGGAGGAGACGGGGACUUCCUCAGGAAAGAGGAGACGGUUAGCAAACACAGAAAGCAAUCAGGAGCAAACGGUUGAGGAAAGACAGGCUAGGUUUGUGGAACCAGCAACGUCUAGGAGGAAUGUGGAAAAUGGGACGACUGGUUUCAAACAGACAAUUGAGUUGCCAUCAACUGAGGGCGGUCCCAGUUGGCGGUCAGGAGCUUUUCCUCCUUUGCCGCCCUCACAAUGUUUUAUCCGCACGCUGGGAUUCCUGUACGGCGGCAGAGGCCUGCACAGCUUCCUUCUCAACAGGAAGAAAAAGAGCACCGAUGGAUCCAGAAGGUUACAAGGGAAAGACUUGAUACGAGUCGUCUUCUUUGAGGGCUUGAUGUAUUUGAACGGCUUAGAGAGGAAACCGAAAAAGCUUCCCCAGAGGUUCUUCAACAUGGUUCCCCUCUUUAGUCGGCUGUUACGGCAACACAAGAAAUGCCCUUACAGCAAGAUCCUUCAGAGAAUCUGCCCUUUGGUCGAAGAGUGUAACACUGGACCCGGAGAGCUAAACUCCCUAUUACCUAAACACUGUGCGCCCCAUCGGGUCUUCCUGUUCGUCAGAGAAUGCCUCUCUACUGUGAUUCCGCGAGAGAUGUGGGGCUCGGACCACAACCGGGUCCAUUUCUUCGCCAAAGCCAGGGUUUUUCUCCACAGCGGCAAGUUUGAGAGGCUGUCGCUGGCUGAGCUGAUGUGGAACAUGAAGGUGAAUGACUGCGACUGGUUGAAGAUCAGUAAAACCGGCCGAAUCCCACCCAGCGAGCUUGCGUACCGGACGCAGAUCCUGGGUCACUUCCUGACCUGGCUGCUGGACGGCUUUGUCGUGGGUCUCGUCCGCGCUUGUUUCUAUGCCACGGAGAGCGUGGGGCAGAAGAACGCCAUCAGGUUCUACCGACAGGAAGUCUGGACCAAACUUCAGGACUUGGCUUUCAAAGGUCACCUCUCCAAAGGUCAGAUGGAGGAGUUGUCUCCUGCUCAGGCAGCGUCUCUCCCCAAAGGCACCGUCAUCUCCCGACUUCGUUUCAUUCCCAAGUCAGACGGCAUGAGGCCCAUCACACGAGUUAUAGGAACGGAUCCCAAAACGAGGUUGUUCCAGGCACGGGUGCGGGACUUGCUGGACAUGCUGAGGGCCUGCGUGCGCUCCACUCCAUCCCUCCUCGGCGCCACGGUGUGGGGGAUGACGGAUAUUCACAAGGUGCUGAGCUCUCUGGCACCAGCCCAGAAAGACCGACCGCAACCGCUCUACUUUGUCAAAGUGGAUGUGAGUGGAGCCUACGAGAGCCUGCCGCAUGACAAACUCAUAGAGGUGAUUGGCCAGGCCUUGUGUCCCGUCCAGAAUGAGUUCUUCACCAUCCGCCGCUAUGCCAAGAUCUGGGCAGAUUCCCACGAGGGCCUGAAAAAGGCCUUUGUUAGACAGGCAGACUUUCUGGAGGACAACAUGGGAUCCACCAACAUGAAGGGAUUUUUAAUGUCGUUGCAGAAGAGUGCAAAACUCCACCAUGCCAUCCUAGUAGAACAACAUUUCUGCUCUGAUCUCCGAGGCAAAGAAGCUUCACAGUUCUUUAUCCAAAUGCUAACAGGCAGCGUAGUUCAGUAUGGAAAGAAGACGUACCACCAGUGCCGAGGGAUUCCUCAGGGAUCGGUCGUGUCCUGUCUGCUCUGUUGUUUGUGUUACGGGUAUAUAAAAUAAUGGAAACGUAAAUUGAAUGGAUCACAUCCACCAUUUAAUGAGCAGAACUGGACAAGUAGGAGAUAAGGCUUCACGUGAUGAGUUGCUCAUGGCUUUCUACACAGACUGGCCUGGAGUUCAGAGCUCCACGCAGGACUCUGGACUCUGCAACAAAAGCUGUUGUCAUUCGAGGAGGAGUGUGACUGCUUGGAGAAGCGGUUUCACAUUUAUUUCGACGAUAGCAGCCACAGAGCCACGAGCGUUGGAGAAUUCACUCGGACACACAGUGAAUUGAAGAUAUUUGUGAUGACUACACAAAUGAAUGAUGCCUUUGGAAAAUCUGAACUCUGUUUUGUCAUUACAGUUUUGUAGCUGUUUUCCUGGUGCCCUGCGGAUGUGGUCUCAUUCAAAGUCUGCGUUCUUUGAUAAAAAAAAUUAAAGUAAUUCCCCUGAUGGAGAAUGACAAAGCCAAAUUUAUUUUCUUUAAGUUAAGCCAUUGUUUGAUUAUGCUGACACUGAUGAAGAUGACACUAGAGAAUGUUGUACUUAUGUUUAUGAUGCUAAUGAAACUCCUGUCGAUGAUGCAAUGUCUGUUUUAACAACCUGUGAUAGGUGAUGGCACAGGAUGCAGUUUCCUCACUGCCCCUCAGGGAGGGGUCUGUAAAAUCAUUGGCCCAACGUGCUGUACUUUUAUACCUGAUGAAACAGGUACUGGAGGAACUAUUUCUGAUGCUCUAUAUGAGCUGGAAGAUCUCAGACAAUAUGUAGAGAGUGGAACACGCGGCUCAACCUCUUUUGAUUUGCUUUCAUGGCUUACAUCUGGACCAUGGUGGAAUUUGCUGUUAAAGCUCGUGACGCCUAUUCUGGUUGUUUUAAUUCUGUUCUACCUUUUUACGGGUUGCAUUAUUCCUUGUCUACGAAAAAUGAUGUUUAAAACAAUUAACACAACUGUUAUCAACUAUCAGUUGGCAAAGGCAUCAUAUGAGACAACUGAAGAUGACUUGUUUCAAGUUUCUGACGAUUUUCUGAACAAUGAUGAAGUCCUGUAAUAAAUAAACAGAUAAAUUCAUUUGCUGAAUGAUUCCUACACUGAAAAUGUUAAACAAGUGGUGUUAAGGAUGAGAAAACUGC